UGCCGGCCUCUAGCUUGGGGCAGCACAACUACUCGCACAGCCUCCCUCGCCCCUCGCAUCAUCCGCCGCCGGCCCACCACCUCCGACACCUCUCCCUCCGCCGCCUCCGAUUCUUCCCCAGUCUCCGCAAACCCUAGUCCCAAUGGCCGCCUCCACCAGGACUACCAGCUCGUUCCCCUACCUAGUCGCCGCCUCCUCUCCCGCGGCCCGCCGCCACGGGGCCAGCCACCGGAUCCGCGCCUCGGUGGGGGAGGCGGCGAUGGACGUGGUGUCGGAGGCGGAGCUGCGGGAGAAAGGGUUCAUGGGGAUGCGGAAGACCAAGCUCGUGUGCACGGUGGGGCCCGCAUGCGUCGAGGCGCUGCCGGCGCUGGCGCGCGGCGGGAUGGGCGUGGCGCGGGUCAACCUCUGCCACGGUGGCCGCGAGUGGCACCGCGCCGCCAUGCGCGCCGUGCGGAGGCUCAACGAGGAGGAAGGCUUCUGCGUGACGCUUAUGGUUGACACCGAGGGCUCCCAGCUCCUCGUCGCGGACCACGGAGGCGCCACCUCAGCGAAGGCCGAGGAUGGGUCAGAGUGGAUAUUUACAAACAGAAGAGCUGAUGAAGCCCAUCAGUUCACAAUGCAUGUGAAUUUUGAUAAGUUUUCUGAAGGCAUUUUGGUUGGUGACGAGCUUGUAAUAGACGGUGGAAUGGCAACAUUUGAAGUUAAUGAGAAAAUAGGAAAUGAUUUGCGCUGUAAGUGCACGGACCCAGGUUUGCUUCUUCCUCGAGCCAAGUUGUCAUUCUGGAGGAACGGAAAAUUAGUUCAAAGGAACUUUGGCCUUCCUACAUUGUCAACAAAGGAUUGGGCAGACAUCGAAUUUGGGAUAGCUGAAGGAGUUGAUUGCAUUGCUCUAUCAUUUGUAAAUGAUGCUAAUGAUAUAAAGCAGUUGAAGGCUUACCUCUCUAGAAGAUCAUUAGAACACAUCAAAGUUUUUGCAAAGAUUGAGAGUCUAGAAUCUCUCAAGAACCUGAAAGACAUCAUAGAAGCAUCUGAUGGAGUUAUGGUAGCACGAGGGGAUCUUGGAGUUCAGAUUCCUCUAGAACAAAUCCCAGCCAUUCAAGAGUCAAUUGUUAAACUAUGUAGACACCUGAACAAGCCUGUGAUAGUUGCUUCUCAGCUUCUCGAAUCAAUGGUUGAAUACCCAACACCAACUCGAGCAGAGGUGGCCGAUGUUUCUGAAGCAGUGCGGCAAUACGCAGAUGCUGUGAUGAUAUCAGCAGAGUCAGCUAUAGGUGCAUAUCCCCAGAAAGCACUAUCUGUACUUCGUGUGGCCAGUGAGAGGAUGGAAUCAUGGAGCCGUGAGGAAAACAUGCAUAAACGUCUUCCACAACAUCAGCUUGCAAUUGCUCUGCCUGACCGGAUCUCAGAGCAAAUUUGCAACUGUGCUGUAGAAAUGGCAAACAACCUUGCUGUGGAUGCCAUAUUUGUUUACACAAAACAUGGUCACAUGGCCUCACUUCUGUCACGCAACCGGCCCAACCCUCCCAUAUUUGCAUUCACUGAUAAUGCCAAUUCAAGAAAGAGCAUGAACCUCUACUGGGGAGUGAUUCCACUUCAUCUACCAUUGUCAAAUAGCAUGGAAGAUAACUUUAAUAAAACCAUCAGCCUGAUGAAGUCAAAGGGUUCAGUGAAACCUGGAGACACGGUCUUGGUGGUAUCAGACUCUGAUCUAAACCGACCUUGUGCUGCCACCUCAGUGUUCCAAUCCAUUCAGGUCCGGUUAGUGGAGUAGGUUCCGUACGGGUUGCUGCAAAUGUCUCAUGGAUUACGUGUCUCCACUCUUCAAUAAGGAGGACAUUUGACUGUUAUACAUGUACUUGUUCGUCUGGGCUUAUCAGCUGAAUCUGUCAGCCAUUCAGCAGUGUUUUUCUCUCAGAAUAAAUCAGCCAGCAGUACUUUCUGUCAUGGCUUAUCAGCCAUUCCAGUAUAUAUUGUAGCAAUCGUUUUGCAAUCUCACACCGACACAAAAGUAAUGUUCUCAAGUAUUAUUGAUCAUAUUUGCGAUGUAGUACGUGUAAAUGUGCAAUCACGCUGUGAAAAUAUGGAAAGUUAGGUGCUAAAUAUCAUGGCAGCUGUAUGCAACUCUGGACCCCACAAGUUUUUUGGAGUGAACAAAUUUAACAUCA